ACAAAGAAAGAACCAAAAAAAAACUAUAGCUCAUUUCUAUCUCUUUUUCAUAUUUUGAAUGAGAGAGGUAGAACUCUCAAGUCUCAACUCCCUUUAAAGUAGUGUGAUUGGUCCGUUCCGUUACCUCUCAACUCAUCCCCGUUUCCUUCUCUUUCUCUCUCCUCUCUCUCUCUCUACUCUUCGACAGUGACGAGCAAAAAAACAUUCCUUUUUCUUCAAGUCCACAUCAAUGGCUGGUAGAUUCAGCUAACCAAAUAAUAAUAAUAAAAUUUUAAGUAUUAAGAACAAACCCUUCUCACACUCUCUCUCCUACAUGAUUUCCGCCAUUUUUUUCUCACUCUAAACCUUCAAACUCAACAUCAUCCUUUCCCACCAAUCUAGCUUCUUCGACAACGAUUAUUCUUCAUUUUUUUCUUCAUUUAACUUCUGGGUUUUUCUUCAUUCUUGCAUUCGAGUAAAGGGUUGUGAGAAAAAUUUGAUCUUUUUUAGUUUUUUGUCUUUUUUUUCUUCUUUUUUGGGUGUAUUGGGAUCUGGGCCGACAUUCAUCUAACAACCUUCUUAUCCAGGCUUCUUGUACUCUGCAGCAAGGUGGAGUACUUUGAAGAAAAGGGUUAAAAAGAAAAAACAAAAAAAAAAAGAUUUUUUUUUUCUUUUUGUUUCUCUGGGACAUUUUUACAAACAUCUGUUGUGCACAAUUCCCAAGGAGGAGAAUGUUCCUUAUUCUCUCCUUUGUCUCUUUUUUGCCUCUACUUUUUGGGGGCUUCUUCUGCAAGCUUGGGGUUUGAGAAAAACAUCUUCUUUUUGUUGUUGUUGAAUGAAAUAAUCCCACUACUAGUAAAGUGCAUCUUUUCUAAGUUGUAGCAAUCCCUGAAAAAAUAUCUCACUUUUAGCUUUUUAACUAAGCAGUGCAACAUUUCUUUCAGCUCCAGAUCUGUGGAUCAAUCUCAGGUCUCUCAAGUCAGAACCUAAGCUUACUUACUUAGGUUUUUAAGGUGAGGAAAAUAUGAAUACAUCUGCACAAGUUCCUCCAGGAUUUCGCUUCCAUCCAACUGAAGAAGAACUCGUAGACUACUACCUUAGGCGAAAGGUUAACUCAAGAAGAAUUGAUGUAGAUAUCAUCAAAGAAGUUGAUCUAUACAAAAUUGAACCUUGGGAUCUACAAGAAUUAUGCAAAACAGGAGAUGAAGAUCAAAAUGAAUGGUAUUUCUUCAGCCACAAGGAUAAGAAAUAUCCAACCGGAACUCGAACAAAUAGAGCAACUGCAGCAGGAUUUUGGAAGGCAACAGGAAGAGACAAGGCUAUAUACUGUAAGCAUGAUUUGAUAGGAAUGAGGAAAACUUUGGUGUUUUAUAAAGGGAGAGCCCCUAAUGGACAGAAAUCAGAUUGGAUCAUGCAUGAGUAUAGACUUGAAACUGAUGAAAAUGGAGCUCCUCAGGAAGAAGGGUGGGCAGUGUGUAGAGUGUUCAAAAAGAGAUCUCCCACAACCAUGAGGAGAAUGAGUGAGCAUGAAUCUCCAUGUUGGUACGAUGAUCAGAUCUCAUUGAUGUCGGAGUUGGAUUCUCCACAACAACCCUCACAAUCAAACAACACAAUCAACUAUUCCUCAUACAUUUGCAAAAAAGAACUCAAUCAUCAUCAUCAUCAUAAUCAUCAUAAUCAUAAUCAUAAUCAUCAUAAUCAUCUACCUUUCCAAAUUCCUCAAGAACAUCUCAUCCACCUUCCUCUCUUUGAAAACUCCAAGAUGCUUCUCCCACCACCUCAAGUGACCGGGAACUACAACAAUGCUAACCUAAUCCCUUAUGGAUUAGAUAUGAGUCUUCACUCAAACUCGGCUACUAUGCAACAAAUGGACAAUGUUAACCACACUAAUGCAACAGUAAUGAUGAACAGCAACAACAAUGAUCAAGAUGUUUUAGAUCAACUGACUGACUGGAGGGUUCUUGACAAGUUUGUUGCAUCACAACUUAGCCAUGAAGAUGUUGCCAAAGAAAACAAUAACAACAACAAUGAGCACAACAACAACAACAACAACAACAACAACAACAACAACAACAAUUCAUCAAGUGGUAUUGCAUCUGAAUUAUUCCCUUCUGCUCCGGGAUCUGAUCACACGAAUAAGGAGGCCGAGCCAUUACCAGAUAAAGCUUCUACACCCACCUCAACCAGCCCAAUCGAUGUGUGGAAAUGAAAGAACAUGCAUAUAGAUUAUAAGAGAGUGAAGUUGAAGUAUAAAGGGAAAGGAAGACUAGGGCUCAGUUUGUAUUGUACAUAACAAAAACUAAUGGAAAGAUAGUUUUUGGCUGAGUCUACUAUAGUUGUUCCCAUUCAUACAUGGAGGUAACAGAUGAGCAUGUUCUCCAUUGUAUAGCUUAAUUAGCUAUGAUAUUUAGUGAUAUUAUGCAUCCACUAAGCGAUGUUUGCUGAAAUUGGUCUCAAAAUGUAUUAUAUAAAUACUUGAGGUGAAUGAUCUUAAUUAAUAUGAAUUUUAAUGAUAUUGUAUAA